AUGAAAGGACUUCACCUUGAAGGAACUCAUCACUCCCAAUAUUUAUUUAUUCAUGGAAAUUAUUCAUCAUGGGCCUAUUCUGGCUACAAAGGUUCCGUACACCACGAUCCGAACGAUGUUGGAUCAGGACAAUUUCCUACACUAAGACAUUUUCUUUUUCAAUCUGAAGAAAUAAUGAAUGAAAUUAAUAGAGUGGGAAUUAAAAAGGUAGUAUGUGGAGAUAAUCACACCUUUAUUCUGUUGAAUGAUGGUCGAGCUUUUGGAAAUGGAUGGAAUGAAUAUACACAAUUAUUAACGAAAAAGAUUGCUCCAAAAUCAAAUCAACGAGAUCAAUUGGUGAAAGCCGACAUUGAUCAUAUCGAGGAUAUUUAUUGUGGAGCAAAUUUUACUUAUUGUCUUGUUAAAGGAACGGACGGAUUUGAAAUGUAUUCUGCUGGAUGGAAUAAUGAAAGUUGUUGUUCUCAAGGUAUUGGCUCUUCUGACACUUUUAGAAAAAUUGGAAGAGUAUAUUAUUCAGAUGGUAAUGGACAGCAAAAGUUUCCACCUCCAAAUGAAACAGUUAUAGAUGUCAGAUGUGGAGGUUCAAAUGCUGCUGUCUUGACAUAUGAUAUUAUUUCUAAUACUUAUUAUUUGAGUCAUUCUGGAAGUUUUGAUAAAUUAUCAAAUAACCCUAAACCAGGAGUCUUAUAUAGAACUGUCUUACCAAAGGGUUUUGCUUUUUGUGGUAUGUCUUUGGUUGGUAAUUCUGUGUAUCAGAUCUACCUUCACACAGCCAAUUCAACCUAUGAUGUAGCUUUAAAAGAAUGCAACAAAGAUUGUGCUCAAAUCAAUAGAAGAUAUUGCAUUAAUAGAAAUGGUAAACUGGCCCUGUUCCCCUCCUACAGCAACAAUACUGUACCAGAUGUCACCUUCAAAGCAUUCACAUUGAGAAACAAAAUGAUGGCUGUAGCUGAUGAUGGUAAUGUCUAUAUAGACUCUGAUUCCUCUUACGAAAGAAAUAUGUUACAAUUAGACUUUUUACCCUUGCUUUCUGUAUCAGAUAGGUACAAAUUUCAGACCAACCCUUCCAACUUUGAUGUUUCAGUCUGUGCAGGUGAAGAAGUUGGGUUCAUUAUGAUUAAAAAAUCUGGCGAAAAAGGAAUGAUUUUCAAAGAAAGAUUGUUGAAUCAAAUCAAUAGCAAUAACCCUUUCGUAGAUUGUAUUAUGAAUAUUAGAGAUUGA